CAGGAGAGCUCAGAGGUUCCCAGUGCUCAGUCUGCCCAGCAGCAUCAAACACACCUGGACUCCAUAUUUAUGCUGCUGGAGGAGAACAUGGUCACUUUUGUGAAGAAGGAGCUGAAGAAGAUCCAGAAGGUUGUGAGUCCAGAUUACCCAGAAUGCUCAGAGAGUCAGAGGGAGGAUGAGGAGGUGUUGGACGCUGAGGAUGAAGAGCAGAGGAGGAGCAGCAGAGAGGCUUUUGUGAAGAUCACAGUGAACUUCCUGAGGAGAAUGAAGCAGGAGGAGCUGGCUGACUGUCUGCACAGCAGACACAUUGUUCCAGUUUGUCAACGUAAACUUAAAUCUACUCUGAAGAAAAAGUUCCAGUGUGUGUUUGAGGGGAUCUCUAAAGCAGGAAACCCAACCCUUCUGAAUCAGAUCUACACAGAGCUCUACAUCACAGAGGGAGGGACUGGAGAGGUCAAUGAUGAACAUGAGGUCAGACAGAUUGAAACAGCAUCCAGGAAACCAGCCAGACCAGAAACAAGCAUCAGACAAGAAGACAUCUUUAAAGCCUCACCUGGAAGAGAUGGACCAAUCAGAACAGUGAUGACAAAGGGAGUGGCUGGCAUUGGGAAAACAGUCUUAACACAGAAGUUGACUCUGGACUGGGCUGAAGACAAAGCCAACCAGGACAUACACUUCACAUUUCCAUUCACAUUCAGAGAGCUGAAUGUGCUGAAAGAGAAAAAGUUCAGCUUGGUGGAACUUGUUCAUCAGUUCUUUCCUGAAACCAAAGAAGCAGGACUCUGCAGGUUUGAAGAGGUCCAGGUUCUGUUCAUCUUUGACGGUCUGGAUGAGUGUCGACUUCCUCUGGACUUCCACAACACUGAGAUCCUGACUGAUGUUACAGAGUCCACCUCAGUGGAUGUGCUGCUGACAAACCUCAUCAGGGGGAAACUGCUUCCCUCUGCUCGCCUCUGGAUAACCACACGACCUGCAGCAGCCAAUCAGAUCCCUCCUGAGUGUGUUGACAUGGUGACAGAGGUCAGAGGGUUCACUGGCCCACAGAAGGAGGAGUACUUCAGGAAGAGGUUCAGAGAGGAGGACCAGGUCAGAAGGAUCAUCUCCCACAUCAAGACUUCACGAAGCCUCCACAUCAUGUGUCACAUCCCGGUCUUCUGCUGGAUCACUGCUACAGUUCUGGAGGAUGUGUUGGAAACCACAGAGGGAGGAGGGCUGCCCAAGACCCUGACUGAGAUGUACAUCCACUUCCUGGUGGUUCAGUCCAAACUGAAGAAUGUUAAGUAUGAUGGAGGAGCCGAGACAGAUCCACACUGGAGUCCAGAGACCAGGAAGAUGAUUAGGUCUCUGGGAAAACUGGCUUUUGAGCAGCUGCAGAAAGGAAACCUGAUCUUCUAUGAAUCAGACCUGACAGAGUGUGGCAUUGACAUCAGAGCAGCCUCAGUGUACUCAGGAGUGUUCACACAGGUCUUUAAAGAGGAGAGAGGACUGUACCAGGACAAGGUGUUCUGCUUCGUCCAUCUGAGUCUUCAGGAGUUUCUGGCUGCUCUUCAUGUCCAUCUGACCUUCAUCAACUCUGGAGUCAGUCUGCUGUCAGAAGAACAAUCAACCUCCAACUGGUCUAAAGUGUCCAGAGACAAAUCUGAUCCAACGCAGCUCUACCAGAGGGCUGUGGACAAGGCCUUACAGAGUCCAAAUGGACACCUGGACUUGUUCCUCCGCUUCCUCCUGGGUCUUUCACUGCAGACCAAUCAGACUCUCCUACGAGGUCUGUUGACACACACAGGAAAUGGCUCACAGACAAAUCAGCAAACAGUCCAGUACAUCAAGAAGAAGAUUGAAGAGACUCCCUCUGCAGAGCGAAGCAUCAACCUGUUCCACUGUCUGAAUGAACUGAAUGAUCGUUCUCUAGUGGAGCAGAUCCAACAGUUCCUGAGUUCAGGACGUCUCUCCACAGGUCAACUGUCUCCUGCUCAAUGGUCAGCUCUGGUCUUCAUCUUACUGUCAUCAGAAAAAGAUCUGGACGUGUUUGACCUGAAGAAAUACUCUGCUUCAGAGGAGGCUCUUCUGAAACUGCUGCCAGUUGUCAAAGCCUCUAACAAAGCUCUACUGAGCAGCUGUAACCUCUCAGAGAGAAGCUGUGAAGCUCUGUCCUCAGCUCUCAGCUCCCAGUCCUCUAGUCUGAGACACCUGGACCUGAGUAACAAUGACCUGCAGGAUUCAUGGGUGAAGCUUCUGUCUGCUGGACUGGAGAGUCCACACAGUACCCUGGACACUCUCAGACUGAGCAGCUGUAACCUCUCAGAGAGAAGCUGUGAAGCUCUGUCCUCAGUUCUCAGCUCCCAGUCCUCUAGUCUGAGACACCUGGACCUGAGUAACAACGACCUGCGGGAUUCAGGGGUGAAGCUUCUGUCUGCUGGACUGAAGAGUCCACACUGUACCCUGGAGACUCUCAGGGUGGAGCCUGGUGGAGUCCAAUGGUUGAGACCAGGUCUGAGGAAGUAUUUCUGUGAACUCACCAUCGACACAAACACAGUAAACAGAAACCUCAAACUUUCUGACAACAACAGGAAGGUGACACGUGUGGAGGAGGAUCAGUCAUAUCCUGAUCAUCUAGAGAGAUUUGACCAGUGUCCUCAGCUGCUGUGCAGUAAUGGUCUGACUGGUCGCUGUUACUGGGAGGUCGAGUGGAGAGGAAUGGUUGAUAUAUCAGUGAGUUACAGAGGAAUCAGAAGGAAAGAAAACAGAGAAAACUGUUUGUUUGGAGAGAAUCAGUCCUGGAGUCUGAGCUGCUCUGAUCUUGGUUACUCUGUUUGGCACAAUAACAGGAAGACAUCUGUCUCCUCCUCCUCCUCCUCUUCAUCCUCUUCCUCUGUCUCUCACAGAGUAGCAGUGUAUGUGGACUGUCCUGCUGGCUCUCUGUCCUUCUACAGAGUCUACUCUGACUCACUGAUCCACCUCUACACCUUCAACACCACAUUCACUGAACCUCUGUAUCCUGGGUUUGGGUUUGAACUCUGGUGGUUUGGUUCCUCAGUGUGUCUGUGUAGAGUGUAGCAGAGAGAGUCUCCUCCUGUUAGAGAAACUCUCUCACUGUUGAACAGAUAGUUCAGUCUGUACAUGUCUGUCUCUUUCACUCACACACUCAUUUUCAGAUUCAUGUAUUAAAGCACUUUACUUGUUAAACUCAUCUAAAUGAUUGAUUGUAAACUUAGCACAGAGUUCACAGAGUUAGAAAUCUCCUGACUACUCUGAAGGGUUUGAGUCUCGAUUCUAUGAAUUUUAAAAUAUAUGAAACUAUUUGGUCAUCACAGCCCAGCUGAUCAUUACACAUCAACAUUUUAUUAACAAAAUCAGCAAAAUCCACUGCUGCUUUGCUGUAAAGGAUAAGGCUGAUGAUUUGUCCCCAACAAAUAAACCACCUUCUCCUAUUUGAGUUUGUUUCAAUAAAAGAAAACUACAAUGUCCAGAUAUUUUAGUACAUUACUGAGCCUUUUUUCUAAAACUGAAACUAUUUUUUUAGUGAAUUGUUUUCAAAGAUUUUAAAAGCCAAGAGCCACAGGGUGAGGAAGUAACAGUGUAUGUUACCUGAAAUCCCACAGUGUUUCCUCUUAUGUUGCUUUUUCUGAUUCUCUUUGUGGUCUGAUCUGUUUGUGUGUUUUCUUGAGGCCACCCUGUGUCUAUCAUAUCUGAAUGGACAAAAGCACAAAAUAAACACUCAGCAAACAAAAUAACAUUCUUCAUGUUUGAGUCACAUCUUCCAGAGAAACCAAAAUUUUGAAUUCAUAUAUUCCAAGUAC